AUCAGAUUUUCAUUUAUCUUUUUUUUUUCGCAAAGAAACCACUAGAGAAGAAGCUCAUUUCCGCCCUGUGUCUUCAUGCCGGAGGUGAUCGAGAACCAGAGGUGGUACCCCAUAGUGGGCUGGUCAGCGCGUCUGUACGCGGAGGACCCUCCCGCCUGGUGCACAACCAGCCAAGAGGCUUGUCCUAGCACAGACGAGCAGAAGGAGUUCGUUUGGACAGUUUACAAGGGCGAAGACUACGACGAGGACGGCUGGCUCUACGGUGAGAAGUUCACCGACACACUGGGCCCCAUGACGCGCUCCAGCGCCGUUCGUACUCGAGUCUGGAUGGGCAGCAAACCAACUGACCAGGAAGAUACCAACGCAGCGUCGUCUAAGACCGAGAACGCCACUUCUGGAGCUGAAGAGGCCUCUGAGACGGGGGACAGCAGCCCUGACUGGCAGACACUCUUCCCGUCCAACAAGAAGGAUGACAAAACAGAAGAAAACAAAGAAGACUCAACUUCUGAACCACUAGACGCGAAGACUGGAGAGAAUGAAGCAGACACAGCUUCAUCAGCUAAGGAAGACAACGUGCUGUUCCCGUUGCCUGACGAUAAGAAGAACGGCUCACGUAGCGAGACGAGAUCUUCUGGAUUCUUUGGUAGGAUCUCGUCCGCAGUGGUGUCGCUGCCAUCGUCGGCGAUCAACUUGGCGGGAUCAUCGUCCAAGCAGGCAGUAUAUGGCACAGUGCAGUCGAUUAAGGAAGCGUCACUAUUUGGAUUAGAGAUGGCACAAGCAGCGACUGCGGCUGCCAUUUCCGCAGAGCCGCAACUCCCUCAAAAGCACAAAGGACACAAACCCAGCUCUAAAACUCCCGACGAAGACGACGCGGAGGUUCUUUCCAUGCUGUCCAAGCGGUUCCCAGAUCUGUCGCCUGUUGAGAGAUCACUGGUGACAUGCUGUGAGGAUAGUAUCCCCAAGUAUGUAUCUCCUCCGGAACUUACAGAGUCAAAGCACUGCAAGGAAUGCGACGUGGAGUUUGGUAUGACCAAGUUCCGCUAUCAAUGCGGCUACUGCUCUGAAUCUUUCUGUCGGGAUCAUUUACCCGAGUCUGCAAUCAUACGUGCGUACGGCCACACAACUCCGUCCAAAUUAUGCAAGAAUUGUCACUACAUUUUGAUGGAAAAGAGCGACCAGCAGCUCGUACAAUGGCGCAUUGAACGUGUGAAGGACUACCUGGAAGACAAGCUCAUUGUGUACUACAACACAGCCACCGACACUGCCGUGGACAAGAUCAUGCGGGCUGCAGGAGGAACUCUCGUCGCUGCAAAGUCCGCUCCGAUUGGGGCAGCAGCAAAAAUGGCUGUCGUGAGCGCCGAUUUCUUACGCAAAUACGGCAGAGCCGGCUUGAUUGGAUUUAUUCUUCGCAACGAGUUCAUGCAGUCUUUUUCAACCUUGAAAGGGUUGCUGGGAGACUUGGACGAUCUCGGAUUUCAAGAUGCUGCAAUUGGCACGUAUUAUUUCAUGGCGAUGAACCGAGGAGACCGUGGAGCAGAGCCAGAAGGAGAGAAGAAAAGCCACAAUGAAUGCGAACCAGUGUCGGACGAGUUCUUAGCGAAGGUGCUCAAGUACGCGCCCUUAGCGCUGCAUGGCAUUUACGAGCUGGAUGUUUUGGAUAUACAGCGCAUCAGUCGAUUACAAGGCUUCUCGCUUAUCUACGCACAUGUCCAGGACCAAGACGUCCGUCAUCCUUCGUUCGCGCUACUAGGCAGCAAGGAGAGCAAGACAGCGCUAGUGUUAAUCCGCGGCUCCAAGUCUGUUCAGGACGCACUGACUGAUAUUCAAGCGUAUCCAGAGGAAAUCGGGCUAUCUUCACCUGGUGCACCGCAGAGCGAGGCGACAGGAGGGUUUGUGGAUGCCUUCGCGCACAAUGGCAUGCUUAAAGCUGUCAUGUGGAUUAAGGACCGCAUUGUCAAGUCUCUUCGUGUGCUGCAUAGCGAAGGCUACCACAUUGUGUUCGCCGGUCACUCUCUUGGAGCUGGUUGUGCGGCGUUGCUGUCGGUUAUGCUCCAGAAGGAGUUCGAGGAUCUCGAGUGCUUUGCAUAUGCUGUUCCCGCUUGUGUGAAUCUGGGCGUGGCCGAGGCGUGCAAUGGCUUCGUCCACUCCAUCGUGCUUCGAGAUGAUAUUGUGCCUCGUGCCAAAGCGUCGAACGUUAUGAAGCUGGUUGAAGAGCUCAAGAACUUUAAAGGAUGCUGGCGUGACACGGCAUCUGAGGACUUGGAAGCGUUUAAAGAACGCGCAAAGACGCUGUGGGCUCCACGAAAACGCGAGUGGGCGAAGGAAGCAGCCGAUCAGAGAAAAGGGAAGCUUAAUCGUGACAAGGCGAUCUCUCCGAGUGAUAAACCCACUUUGGCUGAGAAGAAAGCGAAGGAAACAGAUAAAGACGAAGGCGUGUCGUCCUGGACUCUUACGCGGACAAACUUGAUUGAUCAACUCGAUAAGGCUGGAGAGAAAAAUACUGAAGACGAAGCACUUGAGCCUUCAGAUAAGGCACUUCACGAGGAAGAAAAAAUGGCUGCAGAAUUGGUGGCGACACUGGUGGAUGACCCCAAGGAGCUUUAUAUUCCUGGCAAGGUGACGCACAUUUACUUCUACAAAGGCAUCUACGAAGCUGUACACGUCGAUCGCAAGUGUGAAGAACUCUCUCAUAUUCCAGUACAGCAGAAUAUGUUGAGUGACCACUUGGGUUGCAACUAUCUAAGCGCUCUGCGUGUUGUGCGUGACGCCCGUCGUGCCAAGCCUACACUACCGGAGUGGGUGCCUUUCAGCACCAAGACGCGCUGUAUGUGCUGCGACUCGCCGUUCACGUGGAACUCGACGUCCUCUAGUGAAAGCUCAGCAGAACCGAGACCAGCACAACUGUCGACGCUGCGGUGCCCUCGUGUGUGAGGGCUGCUCGCAGAAGUUCAAGUCUAUUCCAGAAUUUGGUAUCAACGUACCAGUUCGCGUCUGCGAUCGCUGCUACUAUGAGGCUUAAAAAGUGAAACUCGCAUUAGAUUGCACAAAAAAGCAAAAAAAAAAAAAAAUAUUAUGUAGACAAAUAAUUACUCACUGCCUGCCUACACACAGUUAAACGCAGCGCUUAAUUGUUCGUGAACAACUCACGCAGAA